GAGUGCCCGCUCCGGAAUCUCAGCCGCCGUCUGGGGGCCGAGGCGACGCGGACGCGCUUGCGCAGUGUGCGGGCGGGCCGUCGUGGGCGCCGUCGGGACAGCUCCGCGCCUGUGGGAGCCGGAGCCGCGGCGGCGCGGGUGCUCCGGGCCGAGGCCCCGUGUAAUGUUCCGGCACAGAGAUGCCUUAUGUGGAUCGUCAGAACCGCAUCUGUGGUUUCCUCGACAUCGAAGAAAAUGAAAACAGCGGCAAGUUUCUCCGAAGGUACUUCAUACUGGAUACCAGAGAAGAUAGUUUUGUAUGGUACAUGGAUAAUCCACAGAAUCUACCCUCUGGGUCAUCACGUGUUGGAGCCAUUAAGCUUACCUACAUUUCAAAGGUUAGCGAUGCAACCAAGCUAAGGCCAAAGGCUGAGUUCUGUUUUGUUAUGAAUGCAGGAAUGAGGAAAUACUUCCUACAAGCCAAUGAUCAACAGGACCUAGUGGAAUGGGUAAAUGUGUUGAACAAAGCUAUAAAAAUUACAGUACCAAAGCAGUCAGACGCACAGCCCAGCUCUGACACGCAGAGUUGCCAGGGCGAGUGUGGGAGGAAGCUGGUGUCUUACAGGACGGAUAUUGUUGGUGGUGUUCCCAUAAUCACACCAACUCAGAAAGAAGCAAAUGAAUGCGGCGAAAGUGUUGACAGGAAUAAUUUGAAACGGUCACAAAGCCAUGUUCCGUACUUUACUCCUAAACCACAUUCAGACAGUGCCAUAAUCAAAGCUGGGUAUUGUGUAAAACAAGGAGCAGUGAUGAAAAACUGGAAGAGAAGAUAUUUUCAGUUGGAUGAAAACACAAUAGGCUACUUCAAAUCUGAACUGGAAAAGGAACCUCUGCGUGUGAUACCGCUUAAAGAGGUUCAUAAGGUCCAGGAAUGCAAGCAAAGUGACAUAAUGAUGAGGGAUAACCUCUUUGAAAUUGUAACAACAUCACGAACUUUCUAUGUGCAGGCCGACAGCCCCGAGGAGAUGCACAGCUGGAUCAAGGCGGUCUCGGGCGCCAUCGUGGCCCAGCGCGGGCCCGGCAGAUCGGCCACUGCUGAGCAUUCCACCUGUCCCACAGAAGCCAAACACACUCUCCGGCCCGCCAGGGCAGCAGCCGCCUCACAUUCCACAGCCUCUCGCAGCAACUCCCUGGUCUCAAGCUUUGCCCUGGAGAAGCGGGGAUUUCACGAAUCUCUUGCCAAGGUCAAGCCAGGGAGCUUCAAGGUCCAGACUCUCUCUGCAAGAGAACCAGCUUCCAAAGUAGCCGAGCGAGCUCUGCUGAAACCUCUGAGUAAAAACAGUCCUCAGGAAAAGCCUUGUGACCCGGUGGACUUGGAUGACGCAAGCCUUCCUGUCAGUGAUGUGUGAGGUGCAGGCAGGGGGCCAGCCUGCCUCCGCGCCGCCUCCUUCCGUGAGACUUCUAGCCAAAGAUGACAGAGGCCAGGUGGCUGUCCAGGUGUGGGCUCCACCCCCUCUGAGGGGUAUUCUUUAUGAGCUGGCGAACCAAGAAUCUAGCGAGUGGCCAAACGAAAUAGAAUUUCUUUAAGGAAGGAAAAAAAAAAACCAACCCUAAGUGUUCCAUUUCAGCUGUCUAGAGCUUGGUGUGUUACGUGGGUGGUAAAAACACAUGUGUGAUAAUCCUGUUUGCAUGGUGACUUUGAGUUUAAAUGUGUAACAUCUUAAGACGUUUAAAGUACUUACUAAUUAUUUGGGUCACUUUUUAAAAUACUACUAUAACUUCCUUUCAAGGUUCAGUAUUUACAGAUUCUUAUUGGUUGAUAAUUACCAAAUGAAAUGUUGCCAGACUAAGAUACCUAAACUCAUGCUGUUUGUGGUGCUGUCAGAUUUAUACUACAUUAUGUGGACUCUUUUGAAAUUACUUCCAUUUUUGAUGCCCUCAAUCUCAAGGUGAGUAGUGAGUUUUUGCAUAGAAGGUCUUGUCAAGCCGUCAGUCAGGAUUGGGAGCUGCCCGGGGUGCAAGGAAGGGAGAGCUGGAGUU